AAGGAGAGAUCAUUGUGUUAGACUCAAUGAUUUUCACAUGAACAAUAUAUUUUAUGAAAAUGGUGUCCUUGAGAGUGAUCUAGUAGUGAAACAAUGUAUUAAUGUAACGGAGAAAGGUAGUAACAUAUAGGAACAUUUCCUAAUUUGUGUGAAACAUUUGGACACAUUUUGUUAUACUAUUGCUAUUAUGGUGUUGUUUUUAAUUUAGUCUUUUCUGCAUGGAGAGAUGAAUUAGCCUGUGUUUCCUAGGGGCAUGCCAUCACACAUAGCAAACUGGGGGCGCAGUUAGGUCCAGUGCCAUCCUUAAUACAACACUGGUAUUGAUCCAACCAGGGCCACAAUCAGUGGGGCACAGGGGUGACUGUUGUCCCUGGCCUGGGAGAUUUCAGGUUCUAAGGGGGGCCCGGCCAUGCAGCAGAAAAGAACGACAGAAACAAAUGAAGAAGACCACUCCAGAGAAGAACAAGAAGCAGCGACAGAAAAGAAUGAAGAAGACCGUUCUGGAGAAGAACGAAGAAGCCACAAGGGAAAAGAAAAAAGAAGCCGCUAUGGAAGGAAAAGAACUACUCACCAAGGAGGAUGAAGGCCAUCUGGCGAAAUUUAAAGGAAUAACCAGAGAGGGAGCAAGAGAGAGAAAGAGACAGACACAUCAGUACAGAGACAAACAGACCUUCAAUGAGCUAUAAAGACUGCCAGAGAGGUUAGCACAUUCCUCACACUCAGUAUCCCUGCACACAC